AUGGAGAUUUACAGGUGUUUUAAAAGAAUGGAAUGCCAGACUCCUACUUGUGCCAAUAAAGCUGAGUAUUACUGCAAAGGAGACAAAGCUCUACAGUGUGAAAAUUGCAAGCUAAGCCACGAUUUCGCAUGAAAAAUGAUCUCUCUCAAAGAAUUUGAUCAGGUAUUGAUCGCAAUUGAUGAGACCAAAGCCUGGCUGACAAUUCUCAGGAAGGUCAAACAGCUUGGAUGUAUCUCUUCUCGUCAAAAGCGAAUUGAUGAAGAAAUCAAGAGCUUUGAAACCCUUCUCGAAGGUCUUGAAGAUGAUUAUGAUGCAGCUCAGCAAGCAUCAAAUUAUUCUAAAACUAACAAUUUUAGAAUGAGAAUUUCAGAGAUAAAAUAAUGAUAUCAGAGGGAAUGAGUUAAUCUCCAAUAUGGUCUUUGAUUUCUUCAUGAAGGACAUGCUUGAGGUUAUAAAAAUCCCAGGCAUAACAACAAGUGGAGGUGACAUACUGAAAGGACUACCAGUUCCAUCCAAGAUGAAUGCAUUGAUCAAGAGAGCUUCUGAAGCAGAAACUGAUAUCAAACAUUCUAAACUUGCAAAAGAAAAUUUGGAUCUUGUCACAGAAAAAGAAGAGAUGCUGAGAACAAUACAACUCAUGAAAAUGAAAAUAGACACGCUUGAGAACCGCAACCAAACACUCGAGAAGAAAUAUAAUAUGCCCAGCUCCACCCGUAACAGCACCCACACCACGACCACCUUCCAUUCCUCCCACAGAGACACUAUCACCUUCGACCAAAGUCCCUAUGCCCAGACCAUGCUCGAAGAAGAAGAGUCAAAGAGGGAUUAUGAGGAAGAGAAGGAUAUAGAGGAGGAGCAGGAUGAAGAGGAGGAUGUGGAAGAAUAUGAGGAAGUUGAUCCUUCUAUUUAUGAUAGAAGGAAUGGUAGUCUUGUUAUUGAUUGUAAUAACAAAGAUUGUAAGCAUUUCAUGGAGAAAAUGAUUAGCAACGACUUGAAGAUGAACAACUUGAAGAAUUUUAAGAUAGACAAUAUUGAGAAUGACAGCAAAACUCUGAAAAAAUUCAUUAAGAAAUGCUCUCCGGAAAUCAUUAAAAUGCUUAUAUUUAAUUAUGAUGAAGAUCUAUCUGAUGAGAAACCGGAAGAUCGGGAGUUAAUAAAUACUCAUUAUUAUCUGAAUUCUUUUAAAACACUGCUCCCAUUAGCUACAAAAAUGAUACUUCUAAAUCGUCUGAUUAUAGGAGACAAGGAACUGAGAGGAAUUAUGCAAGAAAGUUCUUCUUGAAAGACACUUACUUUCUUUUUUUGCUCGAUGAAUAUCACAGAUUCCCUCUAUUUUAUGGAAAUGGAAGAUUUUAAGACCUCCACCAUAAAUUUCCAGGGUUGCACGUCUGAGGAUGGGUCUGUAAACUUCUCAUACAUAUUUGCUGCUAUAAAGGCGACAAGUCUAAAGGAUUCUUUGAAGAGAAUGAAUCUAAAUUACUGUGGUGUUGAAGAGAGCACUAUCAUGGAUGAAAUCAAAGAUCAUGGACUAGAAGAUAUCUCCCUCAAAAUAACAUCCUAGCUCUUGGCUCCUCCAGUCGCCUAGAAAGCUCCCAUAUAUCUUCCUAAAAGCCAUUUCAAUUUUC